CAUCGUGUGCAAGUCCAAUGGGGAGACAAUGUGAAGAUCUUUUGGGAAGCAGGUGAAGAAAUUUAUAAUGAUAUGGAUCCAUGCCAAUAUGAUCUCGUUCAGUGGCUAUGGCCAUGGUUAAUCCAACAAGAGCUUGACAAGCUGAAGCAUCGUCUCAAUACCCAUACUGUUCAGUACAACCAUGAUAAACUAUUACUGUCUGGUGUCUCCCCGAACAUUGCAAUGUCACUGCAUGAAGACUAUGGCACCAAGAAUUGCCUGCAACCAGUGGAUCGUGACGUUGUCAAGAAUCUUAUGGAGGAGAUUGGCGGAGAAGAUCUUGUCCGUUUCAUUGGCUCUGAGUAUAGUGUUGCUGCACAAUCAAUCUUCAAUGAUCUUGGAUUCACUGUCUUAACUUUCAAGAACGUCUGGCAGGUGUUUGCCACAAUGUUACCAUUAAUGUAG